AUGUUUAGUUCGUGUAUUAGGCGACAGGCUGAUCGUCGCACUCGCCAUCACAUGAUGGUUGAUGGACAAAUUAAUCCUCGUGAGUGGUUUAACUGGCACCCGAAAGAGUAUCAGCCGUGGUACUUUGAUCGUCAUAAGUUUCUCUACGAGCAGCAACAGUAUGCACAUUUUCAUCACUUGCUUUGCCACCAAGUAUACCUUAAAGACAUUCUUCACCUCGCACGGUACCCUGAGCCGUACACGUUCAUUAUCGACUGCAGGACAACCCCUGGAAAGAUGCAUCGGUGGGUCCCCCAUAGCUGGUGGCUCCCCCGCGACGAGGUGGAGUAUGCUCUUCAGCUCACCCCCGAGGAGUUUGCCGAUAUGUAUGGGUUUCACAAGCCGCGUAAAUCUGAUGACGUCAUCCUUGUGUCCCAUAAUGGCCUUUAUUCCGAACAAGCCGGAUGGGAAUGGAAGAAGCAGUUUUUCCAGCACGUUUACAACUAUCGUGGCGGAACGAAUGAGCUCUUUGGAGAAGAGUAUAGUGACGUGGUGCUGAUGGAUACUCUCGCACCAUGGAAGGGUCCGUUUCCACAGAGUGGUAUAUUUGUAGACAAGUGGAGUAAGCGAAAAGUGCUGACGCGAACAGGACCAUUUGAUCGCCAGUAUGAAAUGCAAGACUUUGCGUUGCCGGACCUGGAACUUGAGAGGCCCAAACACCCAGAGGAGGGCCCUCGCCAGAAUAUGCCGUAUGGUUUGCAGUAA